CAUGGGACGUGGAAAGAUUGAGAUAAAGAGGAUCGAGAACACCACCACAAGGCAAGUUACCUUUUCCAAAAGAAGAGGUGGCCUCAUCAAGAAGACAAAGGAGCUUUCUGUGCUCUGUGAUGCACAGAUCGGGAUCAUCAUCUUCUCCAGCACUGGGAAGAUGUGGCAAUGGUGCACUGAACCCUUCAGGAUGGAGCAGAUCAUAGAAAAGUACCAGAGAGCAACAGGAGCUCGCAUUGCAGAAUGUGACCAUCCCCGUGAAGAAUUUAUCCAUGACAUGGCAAUGCUGAGGCAAGAAACUCUCCGUCUUGAACUGGGAAUUCAAAGGUAUCUUGGAGAAGACAUUGGUUGUUUGCAAUUCGAAGAUUUGACUAAACUUGAAGAAGAAUUGGAGAAUUCUGUGGCAAAGGUUCGAAAUCGUCAGAAUGAACUCUUACAACAACAAAUGGAGAAUCUGAGAAGGAAGGAAAGGAUCUUGGAAGAGGAAAACAAUAAUUUGUCCAGCUGGGAACACAGAGCAGUGUUGGAGUUUGAGAAGGCUACAUUGGAAGCAAGCAAACCAAUGGAUAUGAUGGAUCAGUUUCCAUUCUUUGAAGAACAAUCUGCUGGUAGCAUCCUUCAACUUGCUUCUCCUGUGCUUCCACACUUUCACCCUUAUCUUCAGCUUGCACAACCCAAUAUCAAGCCUCAGUGA